AUGAAAUAUAAAAAUAUUUGCGAAACUGUGAAAAUAGAAUUGCGUAAAGCAAGAUGUUACUAUGAAAAUGAUCUUGUUAAAAAAUCAAAGAUAAAUCCGAAACUGCUAUAUAAAUAUGUGAAUAGUCAAAAAACGAUUAAACAAGUAUUUAAAGCAUUAAAAGAUCAAACUGGUUGCGUAACAAAUGAUCAAAAUGAAAUUGUUGAAAUUUUAAAUACACAAUUUCAAGAUGUUUUUACCAUCGAAAAUUCUACAGAAGAGCUUCCACAAAUCAAAAAUUUAGGGGAUAUUAUUAUUGAUGCAGUUAGUAUAGAUUAUUUUGAUGUUUUAAGUAGAUUGAAACAUGUUGAUAUCAAUAAAACAUAUGGAGUUGAUUCUAUUCAUCCGUUAAUUUUGAAAAAUUGUGCGGAUUCCGUAACAUUGCCGUUAACUUUAAUUUUUAAAGAAUCUUUUGUUAAAAGUGAGCUACCAACUCAAUGGAUAGCAUCAAAUAUUACACCACUAUUCAAAAAGGGAGAUAAAUUAGAAGCUGCAAAUUAUAGACCAGUGUCAUUGACGUCAAUUACUUGUAAAAUUAUGGAAGGAAAGUCUUGUACAACAAACUUAUUAGAGGCGUUGGAUUAUAUUUUAUUUAAUUUACCGAUUGGUAUUUCGGUAGAUGAAGCACUUUUAGAUUUUGUUAAAGCUUUUGAUUCUGUUGCUCACAAAAGACUAUUGAUUAAAUUAUCUUCAUAUGGAAUUAGUGGUUUAUUAUUAAAAUGGGUUAAAGCUUAA